GCUGGAGGCAUGGGGCUGAGCGAGGGGAGCGCUCCGCUCUGCCGGGGUCCAGGGGUUUCCACCGUGCCAGCCCGGUGCGCGGGAGUUCUUGUGCUUCUGCUGCUGGCAACCUGGGACGCUCGGGCACAAAGUGAAUUUCAAACUUCCUCGGUGUAUUUGUGGAAGACCGGUCCGUGGGGGAGAUGCAUGGGAGACGAAUGCGGUCCAGGUGGUAUCCAGACACGAGCAGUGUGGUGUGCCCAUGUGGAGGGCUGGACCACGCUGCCCACGAACUGCAAGCAGCCAGAGCGGCCGGACAACCAGCAGAGCUGUUUUCGGGUCUGCGACUGGCACAAAGAGCUGUACGACUGGCAGAUUGGCAGCUGGAACCAGUGCCGGCCCGUCCUCUCCCGCAGCCACGAGAAGCCCCUGGAGUGCCUCAGAGGGGAGGAAGGCAUCCAGACAAGGGACAUCACCUGUAUCCAGAAGUCCAAUGGGGUGCCAGCUGAGGAUGUUAUCUGUGAGUACUUUGAGCCGAAGCCCCGCCAGGAGCAGGCAUGCCUUAUCCCAUGCCGGCAGGACUGCAUCGUAGCCGAAUUCUCCCCCUGGUCGGAGUGCUCCAAGACCUGUGGCAAUGGGCUUCAGCAUCGAACUCGGCAUGUUGUGGCUCCACCGCAGUUUGGUGGUUCUGCUUGUCCUAAUCUCACUGAGUUUCAGAUCUGCCAGUCUAGCCCUUGUGCUGCUGAAGAAAGCUUGUAUAGCCUCAACGUGGGACCCUGGAGUGCAUGCUCAGUGCCCCAUUCCAGACAAAUAAGGCAAGCGAGAAAAAGAGGGAAAAACAAAGACAAGGAAAAGGACAGAGAAAAGGCAGUUCGGGAUCCCGAGGCUCGUGAGUUAAUUAAGAAGAAGAGGAAUCGAAACAGACAGAAUAGACAGGAGAACAAAUAUUGGGACAUACAAAUUGGGUACCAAACCAGGGAGGUCACGUGCACUCACAGAAAUGGGAAAACCACUGCUCUGAGCUUCUGCAAGCAGGAGAGAUUGCCCAUUACAUUCCAGUCCUGUGUGAUCACAAAGGAGUGCCAGGUGUCAGAGUGGUCAGAAUGGACCCCCUGCUCUAAAACCUGCUUUGACAUGACAACCCCUAAAGGGAAUCGUACCAGAUCACGGACCAUAAAACAGCUCCCUAUUGGCAGUGAAAGCGAAUGCCCACAGUUAGAAGAAACAGAGCAGUGUGUUACUCAAGGAGAUGGUGUGGCACCCUGCAUUACGUAUGGUUGGCGGACCACAGAGUGGACAGAAUGCCGUGUCGAUCCUCUCCUUAGCCAACAGGACAAGAGGCGAGGAAAUCAGACGGCGCUUUGCGGAGGUGGCAUUCAAACCCGGGAGACCUACUGCGUGCAAGCGAAUGAAAAUCUCCUCUCCUACUUAAAUACCCUUAAAGAGAAAGAAGAAAGUCAGUCACAGAGCAAGUCGAAGGCUAGUGCUGCACCUCUGCUAUCCAUCACUUUUGAAAUAACAGCCUCGAGGCCCGUGGACCGUAAUCUGUGUACAGGACCUCUACCCAGCACCUCCCAGUUGUGCCAUAUCCCCUGUCCUACAGAGUGUGAGACCUCGGCGUGGUCAGCCUGGGGACCAUGCACCUAUGAAAGCUGUGAUGACCCUCAGGCCAAGAAGGGCUUUAAACUAAGGAAACGGCGCAUCACCAAUGAGCCUACGGGAGGAACGGGAAACUGCCCUCACCUUCUGGAAGCCAUCCCGUGUGAGGAGCCCUCCUGCUAUGACUGGAGAAUCACAGGGCUGGAGGAGUGCAUUCCUGACAACGAGAAGCCAUGUGGCCCUGGGACACAGGUUCCUAUUGUCGUCUGUGUUAACAGUGAUGGAGAAGAGGUUGACAGACAGCUGUGCAGAGAUGCUAUCUACCCAAUCCCUGUUGUCUGCGAAGCUCCAUGCCCAAAGGACUGUGUGCUCAGCAUGUGGUCUGCAUGGUCCUCCUGCUCACACACCUGCUCCGGCAAAACCACAGAAGGGAAGCAGAUGCGCGCCCGCUCCAUUCUGGCAUAUGCAGGUGAAGGAGGAGUACAGUGCCCAAACAGUAGUGCGCUCCAGGAAACACGCAGCUGUAAUGAACACUCUUGCACUGUGUAUCAUUGGCAGACUGGCCCAUGGGGACAGUGCAUAGAGGACACGUCUGUCUCUGCUUUCAACUCCUCUGCCAGCUGGAAUGGGGAGGCCACCUGUUCCAUGGGGAUGCAGACAAGAAAGGUCAUCUGUGUGAGAGUCAACGUGGGACAAGUGGGCCCAAAAAAAUGCCCUGAGAGCCUCAGACCAGAAACUGUGAGACCAUGUCUGCUUCCCUGUAGGAAAGACUGUAUUGUGACUCCAUUCAGUGACUGGACAUCAUGUCCUUCUUCAUGUCAAGAAGGAGGUGUCACAGUAAAGAAGCAGUCCCGUCAUCGAGUCGUCAUCCAGCUCCCUGCCAAUGGUGGUCGAGAGUGCCCAGACUCUCUGCUUGAGGAAAAGGAAUGUGAAGCUUCUCCUGUCUGCUAUAGCUACAGGUGGAAGACCCACAAGUGGCGCAGAUGCCAGCUGGUACCAUGGCAUGUGCGCCAAGACAGUCCAGGAGCACAUGAGACCUGUGGGCCUGGGCUGCAAGCAAGAGCAAUUACUUGUCGCAGACAAGACGGAGGACAGGCUGAUAUCAGUGAGUGCCUUAAAUACUCUGGCCCAUUACCAUCCUUGACACAGACGUGCCAGAUUCCCUGCCAAGAUGAUUGUCAGUUUACAAACUGGUCAAAGUUUUCUUCCUGUAAUGGGGACUGUGGAGGAGUCAGGACAAGAAAACGCACUCUAGUCGGAAAAAGUAAGAAAAGAGAUAAAUGCAAAAACUCUCAGUUGUAUCCUCUGAUGGAGAAUCAGUUUUGUCCGUGUGACAAGUACAGCGCUCAACCUGUGGGAAAUUGGUCAGACUGUAUUUUACCAGAGGGUAAGCUGGAGGUGCUGCUGGGAAUGAAGGUACAAGGAGAUGUCAAGGAAUGUGGACAAGGCUACCGCUACCAGGCCAUGGCGUGCUACGACCAAAACAACCGACUUGUGGAAACAUCACGGUGCAACAGUCACGGUUAUAUUGAGGAAGCCUGUAUCAUUCCAUGUCCUUCAGACUGCAAGCUGAGUGAGUGGUCCAACUGGUCUCGCUGUAGUAAAUCCUGUGGGAGUGGAGUAAAGGUUCGUUCAAAAUGGCUCCGUGAAAAACCCUACAAUGGUGGAAGACCCUGUCCAAAGCUAGAUCAUGUCAAUCAGGCUCAGGUAUAUGAGGUAGUUCCCUGCCACAGUGACUGCAGCCAGUACAUAUGGGUUACUGAGCCCUGGAGUGUCUGCAAGGUGACCAAUGUGGACUUGAAAGAGAAUUGUGGAGAAGGUGUUCAAACAAGGAAAGUCAGGUGCAUGCUAAACAGUGUGGAUGGUCCUUCUGACACCGUGGAGGACUAUUUGUGUGAUCCUGAAGAGAUGCCACUUGGUGCUAGAAAGUGCACAUUGCCAUGUCCCGAGGACUGUGUUAUGUCUGAAUGGGGAUCAUGGUCUCGAUGUUCUUUGCCGUGUAAUGGCAGUAGUGUCCGUGAAAGAUCAGCUGAGUCCUUGAGACAACCAGAUGAAGGAAAGUCUUGUCCUGCUGCCACCGAGACAGAAGUCUGCACUUUGAACAAAAACUGCUUCCACUACGACUACAAUGUGACAGACUGGAGCACGUGUCAGCUCAGUGAGAAGGCUGUCUGCGGUAAUGGUAUCAAGACACGGAUGCUCGAUUGCGUUCGCAGCGAUGGCAAAUCAGUUGACCUGAAGUACUGUGAAGAGCUUGGUUUGGAGAAGACAUGGCAAAUGAAUACGUCCUGUGUGGUGGAAUGUCCUGUGAACUGCCAGCUCUCUGACUGGUCCCCUUGGUCUGAGUGCUCUCAAACAUGUGGUCUUACAGGAAAAAUGAUCAGAAGAAGGACCAUAAAUCAACCAUUUCAGGGUGAUGGGAGGCCUUGUCCAUCUCAGAUGGAGCAAUUCAAACCCUGUCCAGUAAAGCCUUGUUACCGAUGGCAAUACAGUCAAUGGUCUGCAUGUAAAGUAGAGGACGCUCAGUGUGGAGAGGGAACACGAGUGAGGAACAUUUCAUGUGUGGUUUUUGAUGGAUCCAUUGAAGAUGUUGGCAAAGUGGUCGAUGAGGAAUUCUGUGGAGAAAUCGAGCCGAUUAUAGAUGGUGAUAAGAAGAUAAUACUUGAGGAAACCUGCACUGUCCCUUGUCCAGGGGACUGUUACUUGAGAGAGUGGUCAGAGUGGAGCCUUUGCCAGCUAACCUGUGUAAAUGGUGAGGAUCUUGGCUUUGGAGGGAUACAAGUCCGAUCUCGGGCAGUGAUCAUUCAGGAAUUAGAAAAUCAACAUCUCUGUCCAGAACAGGCUUUGGAAACAAGAUCAUGCAAUGAUGGCCAGUGCUAUGAAUACAAGUGGAUGGCUAGCCCAUGGAAGGGAUCUUCUCGAACUGUGUGGUGCCAAAGGUCAGAUGGUUUAAAUGUCACAGGGGGCUGCUUAGUGAUGCGCCAACCCGAUGCUGACAGGUCAUGUAACCCACCGUGCAGUCAACCCCACGCUUACUGCGCUGAGACUAGAACAUGCAGUUGUGAAGAUGGAUACACAGAAGUUAUGUCCUCUGAUGGCACACUUGAACAGUGCACUGUCAUCCCAGUGGUGGUGAUGCCCACCAUGGAGGACAAAAAAGCAGAUGUGAAAACGAGUCGAGCUGUCAACCCUACCCAGCCCUCCAGUAACCCAUCAGGACGAGGAAGGACCUGGUUUCUACAGCCUUUUGGGCCAGAUGGGAGGCUGAAGACCUGGGUUUAUGGUGUAGCUGCUGGUGCAUUUGUUUUACUCAUCUUUAUUGUUUCUAUGAUCUAUCUAGCCUGCAAAAAGCCAAAGAAGCCCCAGAGGAGGCAGAACAACCGCCUGAAACCCUUAACCUUGGCUUACGAUGGAGAUGCAGAUAUGUAA